UUAUUAUUUAUUUUUUUUUUAAGAGCUGGAAAACUUUAUCAAAUACUGAUUCAUCAGAGCGUGUUAAUUUUCUAUUGGUGGAACGGAAAAAAUAGUGAGUUGGCUCAGAUUGGGGAAGGUUGUAUAAAAACCCGUUGAGGAACAAAAAAAUUAUAAUAAAAACGAAAAUAUAACUACUGUGAAGGUUUGAAAUUUAUUUAGAAAUGGCGACUCUGUAUUCUACUGUUUUGGCCUGCUUUCUUCUAGCUGCCGUCACAAGCGCGGAACCUGUCAACUACAAUGAUAUUUUAUUGGCCACAUAUCAAGAAUGUAAAUAUUUAAACGAUUCAUCAAAUGAUAAACAGCAGAACGAGUACUAUCGUUCUCUACUCCCCGAGGAAAAAUAUAUAGUAACUAAUUACGGUAUUAGUGAAUAUUUAGCAUGCUUCAUAAAAAAACUCAAUCUGUUCACGCUUGAAGAUUACAAAGUUUAUAAGGAUGGAGUUCAGUAUUGUUUGGCUUUGAUAGACUCAAAUUCAACGAUAACGGAUCCAGAUGAAGAGCAACGUCUUGGUAAUAUUUGUAUUCUCAAAACUUUAAAAACCAUAAAAUCAGACAACUCAAUAGACGCGGAAGUUCUCAAAAAAUACCUGACAGUUUUCGUAGCAGUGACGGAUGAACUUUUUGAGAGUAAUCAAGCAUUGGAGUAUUUUAAUAACUGCGUUAACGAAAAAGGCAGUGACGCUGAAGACACAAUCUCUAAAUUCUUGGAAUGCAUUGACCGAAACCGAAAUUCCAAAGCGUAGAAACUGGCCGAUCUACAAGUUAUAAAUCUGGAAUAUUUACAAAAUUUUAAACAUCAUGAAUAAUAUUCACGAACUAUGUAAAAUUAUGAAUAAAUAAUCUAAACAAUUAGUUUGUU